AGACAUUCCAAGCUCGAUCAGCUACAAUGGCGAACUCGAGGGCCUUUGCUCUGGUGCCCCUCCUCAUCUGCGUCUUGUCCUGCCACGCCGCCGUCUCCUACGCGGCAGCGCCGGUGCCGGCCAAGGAGGACUUCUUCGGAUGUCUGGUGAAGGCGAUACCGGCCCGCCUCCUCUACGCCAAGAGCUCGCCUGCCUUCCCCACCGUCCUGGCGCAGACCAUCAGGAACUCGCGGUGGUCGUCGCCGCAGAACGUGCAGCCGCUCUACAUCAUCACCCCCACCAACGCCUCCCACAUCCAGUCCGCGGUGGUGUGCGGCCGCCGGCACGCCGUCCGCCUCCGCGUGCGGAGCGGCGGCCACGACUACGAGGGCCUGUCGUACCGGUCCGAGCGCCCCGAGGAGUUCGCCGUCGUCGACCUCAACAAGAUGCGGGCCGUGUCGGUCGACGUCAAGGCUCGCACGGCGUGGGUGGACUCCGGUGCGCAGCUCGGCGAGCUCUACUACACCAUCGCCAAGAACAGCCCCGUGCUCGCGUUCCCGGCGGGUGUUUGCCCCACCAUCGGUGUAGGCGGCAACUUCGCUGGCGGCGGCUUCGGCAUGCUGCUGCGCAAGUACGGCAUCGCCGCCGAGAACGUCAUCGACGUGAAGGUGGUCGACGCCAACGGCACGCUGCUCGACAAGAGCUCCAUGAGCGCGGACCACUUCUGGGCCGUCAGGGGCGGCGGCGGAGAGAGCUUCGGCAUCGUGGUGUCGUGGCAGGUGAAUCUCCUCCCGGUGCCUCCCACCGUGACCGUGUUCCAGAUCCCCAAGACGGUGAGAGAAGGUGCCGUAGAGCUCGUCAACAAAUGGCAGCUGGUCGGGCCGGCCCUUCCCGACGACCUCAUGAUCCGCAUCAUCGCUUUCGGCGACACCGCCAAGUUCGAGGGCAUGUACCUGGGCACCUGCAAAACCCUGACGCCACUGAUGACCAGCAAAUUCCCCGAGCUGGGCAUGAACGCCUCGCACUGCAACGAGAUGCCCUGGAUCAAGUCCGUCCCCUUCAUCCACCUCGGCAAGCAGGCCACCCUCUUCGACCUCCUCAACCGCAACAACACCUUCAAGCCCUUCGCCGAGUACAAGUCGGACUACGUCUACCAGCCCGUGCCCAAGACCGUGUGGGCGCAGAUCUUCGUCUGGCUCGUAAAACCCGGAGCGGGGAUCAUGAUCAUGGACCCCUACGGCGCCGCCAUCAGCGCCACCCCCGAGGCGGCCACGCCGUUCCCUCACCGCAUGGGCGUCCUCUUCAACAUCCAGUACGUCAACUACUGGUUCGACGAGGCAGGCGGCGCCGCGCCUCUGCAGUGGAGCAAGGACAUGUACAGGUUCAUGGAGCCGUACGUGAGCAAGAACCCCAGGCAGGCGUACGCCAACUACAGGGACAUCGACCUCGGCAGGAACGAGGUGGUCAACGACGUCUCCACCUACGCCAGCGGCAAGGUGUGGGGCGAGAAGUACUUCAAGGGCAACUUCCAAAGGCUCGCCAUCACCAAGGGCAAGGUGGAUCCUCAGGACUACUUCAGGAACGAGCAGAGCAUCCCGCCGCUACUGGCCAAGUAAAGUAGUACUCUUGCAUGCAUGGAGAUAUUUUGUAGCGCGUACGUGGUUGGCGUACGUUUUAAUUAAAUGCCCAACUAAUUAGUAGUAGAAUAAGGAUCGAUCGCGCAUAUGAUAAUUAAUUAGUCGGAAGAAGAGUUGCCUACCCCCUUAGGUGUUCGUUCUAAUAUAAUGGCGAAAAUUAGCAAAGAAAUGAUAAUUUUAAGUUGGAAGA